AUGGACGGUAAUUGUUUACGUGUUUUUCUCGCCAAUCUUCAAGAUCGUCUCAGUAAUGAUGAACGAAAACGUCUGGCGUUCAUUGUUGGUGACGGUAAUUUUUCAUCUGGCGGCACCCUCAAUUUAGUGGACGCUCUUUCGUAUCGAAGUACAAUCAACAACAAGGAUUUAAGAUAUCUAAUUGAUGGUUUGAAAGAACUUGGUUGUUCUGAAACAGCACGAAUAGUAGAAGAUAAUUUACCAUUGAUGAUUCCAUCAAGCCGAAUGACAUUAGAGGAACUUCUAGAUAACUGUGAAGAAGAUUGA